GCAUCCACAUUGAGACUUGUAAAGGGGUUCAUGGGCUCAGUAUCAUAGGGCCGGAAUUAAAAAAAAAAUAGAAAAAUGGGUUUUAUUUUGCGAGCCGGACCUUCCCAGUGACCCCGUAGGAGACGGGUUCACGCCAGGUGUCACGCAGCUAUUGGCGACGCGUUAUUGACGUGAGGAGGAGGAUCGCGUGUAGAGAAUCACUUUCCCUCAUUUCUGAAAAAAUCAAGGGUUUGCUCCCGAGAGGUGAUUUCUCGAGCGAUCGUCUCCUCUCAUCUCAUUUCUUCAAAUUUCUUCACUAUUCUUCAUCGAUUCGAGUAGAGAGUGUCUCCUCCACGUUAAUAGAUGGAUCCCGCAGAGGAGAGGAGAGAUACAAAGAGGCAUCAGGAGUACAUAAACAUGUUGGGAAACGUUUACGAUUCAGAAUAUGGAAUUCCAAGACGAUGUCCCUGUGGUGGGAGAAUGAUUGACGAGGUGCGGGUGAAGGAGGAGCACGAGACUCAUCCUGGAAAGCGCUUCUUCACCUGCAUAAACUACGAGGCUGAUGGGUUACAUUAUCGUCAGCCUUGGGUUGUAGGUGUCCAGGAGGAGAUCGAACAUCUGCGUAAGCGUGUGGACGAGGCUGAGGAGGUGAUCAAGUGGGUGCCCAAUCUCAAGAGACAGAUAGAGAGUGUAGAGGCACAGGUUAAAAGGCUCGCUCUGCUGGUUGAUAGGCUCACUGGUGACGUUUAUAACCUCACUGUGCAGGUGGAUACUAUGGAGAAGGUCUGCUUCGAUUAAAAUCCAAAAGGUCACGGGUUCUACUUCAACUGGCGUUCUUUGUUGCUUCUGCAGGUCACGGGUGGUAUUAGCUAAGUAGUUGUCACGGGGUGUAGUAGGUAGUGUGUAGUGACAACACGUUUUCAAUUAUGUUGUGUAAUGGGUGUGAGAAACAGUUGUAUUUUGUUGGUUUCUACACUCAGGGAUGAAUUAUGUUUGUGUCACGGGUGUGAAAGUGUAGCAUUUUGUUGGUUUCUACACUUCACGUGUAUUGUAAAACAAUGCCUAUAUAAUCUAUUGUCUCAUUUAUGCA